AUGGGUCACAAACUGCUUUCAUGCUUUACAUUUGCUUUACUUUUCACAGUAGCCUGCGUUGACGCACAAUGGAGUGUCAUUGGCAGCAACCCAGACGCAAUAUUACCUGACGGUACAACGACCUGGGCAUCCGAAUAUAACCUCGCAACUAAUAAAUUCCGAUCACUGAAAUUAUCCACAAACACGUUCUGCUCGGCGGGAGCAUUCUUUGGCAAUGGUACAUUCCUUUCAGCCGCCGGUGGUGAACCAACCAAUAUAGCAUCCAACGGUUACCGCGGCAUUCGCUACUUUCAACCUUGCCAAGAUAGCACCUGCCAGAUUUUCGAAGUCCCGACUUUGCUGAGCAGUCCUCGAUGCCUUCCGUAUAAUCUUUACCCAUUUAUUCAUGUAAUUCCAAACGGCAUAUGGCAAGGCUACUAUUUCAUUUUUGCAAACAAGGCAUCAGUCAUAUAUGACAUUGCAAAAAACGUACCAGUUAAAGCACUGCCUGACGCGCCCGGUGGCAUUCGCUCAUAUCCGUGCACUGCUGGAGCGACUCUGCUUCCGCUUGAUUACACAAAUAAUUACAAUCCAGAAUUCCUUGUCUGCGGAGGACAAAGCGUUUUCAACGGGUUUACCAAUCCUGCUGAGAACACGUGCGCUAGAACAGACCUUGGUUCUCCAAACCCGACAUGGGAAGCUGACGAUUUCGGAGGCAUACCCAGAGUCAUGCCUGAUGUCGUUCAGCUUGCGGAUGGAUAUAAUGUGUUGUUCUUGAAUGGAGGACAAGUUGGACAAGCUGGAUAUAUCACCGCUGGAGGCAAUGUCCUGUCCGAUAAACCUGCGUUCACACCAGUUCUUUACAAUAUGAACAAGCCUUUGGGACAACGAUGGACUCAGCUUACUCCAACCACUAUUGCUAGAAUGUAUCACUCGGUUGCCACUUUGAUUACCGAUGGCUCUGUCUGGGUGGCUGGAAGUAAUGCCAAUCAGAACCCCAAACUAACUGGCCCAUACCCAACUGAAUACCGUGUCGAAAAUUAUAUUCCACCAUAUCUUUCGGGCAACGCACGCCCGCAGAUAACUGCGUUCAAUAAUCAAACGACUCUCAAUGCAUCUCCGAUACAGGUGACAUACAAUGAAGGCGUUUCUAUAACCUAUACUCUUACCGGAACUCCUGGCACAAUCACAGCCACCAUCGUGCAACCUGGUUUUCACACUCAUUCUCAAGCAAUGUCUAUGAGACUCGUUCAUCUCCAAAUAACCGAUAUUGCAUCAUCCGGGCAAAACACUUACACUGCUAAAGUGUAUAUGCCUCCGAAUAAAUUCAUCUUACCGCCUAGCCCACACUACAUCUUUAUUCUGAACAACGGUACCCCAUGUACAAAGGCUGUAUGGGUUCUUAUCGGAUGA